UCCAACUGGGGAACCUGUGGCUUCUGCGCGCGACCUGCACACAAGUCCCUAAAGUUAACUUGAUCUCUAUUUAUCAUAACACAAUACAUCACAGCCCAGCCCAGCCCAUCACAUCACAUCAGGAGAAAGCUCGCAGCGAUGUCUAAAGAUCAGAAGGAGGCCAUGAAUAUAUAUUGUAUAACGCUCAAUGGACCUGCUCCUUGGGGUUUCCGGCUUCAGGGGGGGAAGGACUUCAACAUGCCCCUGACUGUGUCCAGGCUGACCCCAGGGGGCAAGGCAGCCCAGGCCGGAGUGGGUGUUGGAGAUUGGGUGGUGUCCAUCAGUGAUGCCAAUGCAGAGGAGAUGACCCAUGUGGAAGCACAGAACAAGAUCAGAGCCGCAACCGACUCCCUUACUCUCACUCUUAGCAAAGCUUUUCAUCCCGCAGGAGGAGAGCAGAAGGAUUCACUUGCACCUGCAUCCAGUCAACCCAAGUAUUCGUUUGCACCCAGUACAAGCAUAAACAAGAUGGCACGGCCAUUCUCCGCAGCCCCUGGCAGUGCCAGCACUGGGCCCAUCAUCAAGCCGGUGUCAUAUGCCCCCAAGCUUAACGUCAGCUCGCUUGUGUCGAACAGCACACUGCAGCCUCACAAUGGUCACGGAGUAACUCCCUGUCCUGCCAAAUCCAAGCCAGCAGACAAACCUGAUGGAGUUCAUGUUCCAGCCACAAUGCCAACAAGUUCUGGUCCAUCCUGUCGACCUCCAUGGGUGACGGAUCCCUGUUUUGCCGACCGCUACCACCCAGACAAAACAAGCACCGUGUUAACGCAGCAUAAGCAGCCAGUCCAGCCCACACCCAUGCAGAACCGCAGCUCCAUUAUGCAGGCAGCGCAGCAGAGCCCUGCAGACACCAGUGGCUGCACCCCACUCUGUGCCGCAUGCAACAAGAUCAUCAGGGGACGAUACGUGGUGGCACUCGGUCGUUCCUGGCACCCAGAGGAGUUCACUUGCUGUCAGUGUAAAAAGGUCUUGGACGAGGGGGGCUUCUUUGAAGAAAAAGGCUCCAUUUACUGCACCAAGUGCUACGACAACCGUUAUUCACCCAACUGUGCCAAAUGCAAAAAGAAGAUAACUGGGGAGAUCAUGCAUGCCCUGAAAAUGACCUACCACGUCCAAUGCUUCCUGUGCGCCGCCUGCAAAAUGCCCAUCAGGAACCAGGCCUUCUACAUGGAGGAGGGAGAGCCAUACUGCGAGAGAGACUAUGAAAAGAUGUUUGGUACCAAGUGCCAUGGCUGUGACUUCAAGAUUGAUGCAGGGGACCGUUUCCUUGAGGCGUUGGGCUACAGUUGGCAUGACACUUGCUUUGUCUGUGCUAUCUGUCAAAUUAAUCUGGAAGGGAAGACGUUCUAUUCAAAGAAGGACAAGCCGCUGUGUAAAAGUCACGCAUUUACUCCAGUGUGAGGCUCCGACUCUUUUCUUCAGAGGAGAGAGGAAGGACUGGGGGUGGGUGGGGGGUCUACAUGCCAAACAAGACUAAGUACUAGACUUGAAGCCUAUAGCAUAUGGCUGGCUGACAGAGUGAUGGAUAUAAUGGCUAUGCUGGCUUUCACUUCGAUCUGCAUUUACAAUGUAUGUGUCAUUCAGAAAAGCAUGUAUCUGAAUUUUUGGUAGCUUGCUUAGCAGGCAGACUGGCCUCAGUUUUGCUGUGUUACAAUGCCAGUCAUUCAACUGGAAUGAGCGCAGCUUUCAAACCAAUGGCAGGUAUGGAUAACACCGUAUUUUAUCUGUCCCUCCUUGACGGCUCUCCAUCUCCAAGAGUAGUAUACGUUCAGCAUUUACGACAUUUCAUAAACACCUCAAAUCCGGACCAUUGUACAUUCCUCUUAUGUUCCACUACAAUUAGAUGGCAAACUUGUCUUUAUGUAGGCUAUACUUAUUAGAGAUGAUUGAUUUGUUUCUGUAUUCCUGAAGAACUUGUCUUAGUCAUUCCCCCAGAAAAAAAGAGAGGAAUAAGAAGAUAUAGUAUAAUUCAUUAUAUGCAAGUAAUUAGAAUAAAUGAUAUAAAAUGAAAUAUAUAUACAAUUUUAAUUGUUUAAUUUAAAUUUGUGGACAAUUACAGUUUUAAUAUUAAGCACUGUAAAUUCUAAACGUAUUUGAACAUCAUAGCAGUAUUUGCUUUUCUGACUUUUUGAAAUUGAUGGCAAUAAAAAUAAAGCAAUUAUUGUAUUAAAAAUAAAAGGAAUAAUAGUUAUACAAAUCUAAUUAGAAACAGCAGUGAGUAUAAUGGGAAUAAAAAGAAGGCUUAAAACAUCCAGACACAUUACGAUAAUGAGAAUUUUUGAGGUAAAAUUUAGCCCUAAAAUUGGUGUAAUUUUUGUUGUGCAAAUAUAUAAUGUGACCUUGACCUGUUUUCUUAAGAUUCACCCAUCUCAUCUACACCUACAUGUGUAGUUAUUGUCCAACAUUCUUUCCUCUCCUCACAAAUAAGGACAAAGCAGUUUCCAUAUGACGAGUGAAGCAAUCUAGUUUUCUUCAGAUCCAUACAAUCUGUAUUGUAGGCUAAAGCAUUGAGCAUGUGAUCUACUCCGACAGGAUCUGAAAGUGGAUCCUCAAUCCUCUAGAUGCUGUGCAGCCUACUUUCUGCUCUGCCUGAUUUGCUGUGCCAGGGUACUUAAGGUAAUGGCAAACCACAGAGGAAUAAAACGCCCCUGGCAGCUGCACUGAAAUACAUUAGCACUGAUUGCAUGCAUUUCAUCCUGACCCAACCAAUGGUCUCUACAUGGCUUCAAUACUAAACAUGCCACAUUCAUCUAUUCUAAUCAGACAGGUAGUUCUAAUUAAGGAAAGGCCUAUGAUACUGUAAAUACAUGGUUUACAUUGGCUGCACAUGAAACCUGCUGUUAUGUGGUCACUUAGUAAUUAAAAGCAUUUGUGUGUAUUUACUUAAUGUAUUAAAAAUCUGUCUGGCUAUUUCAGAGUUUUAAGGGGUGAAUAUCAUGAAAACAUGUCCAGUUCACAUUUCAUCCCAUAAUCAAAGGGAACCUAAUUAGAAAUUGUAUUUUGCAUGGGGGGAAAAGAUGCAGCAUAUUUUAGAAAAUCAACUCUCAUUAAUGUAAUCGUAUUUUUAAAGAAAUACAUUAAUUUGAAUGUAAAAAAUAGGGCUUCUUUUUCCUUAAGCUAUAUAUAUUUUAAUAUAAUUUUCUUUUUAGUUUUUUUUUUUUUCUUUUUGGUUGAAAUAUCACCCAGACAUGUUCUUAAAGGAAUAUUCCAGGUUCAAUAAGAACCCCCCCAACACACACACACGACAGAAUUACAAUGGAAGUGAAUGGGGCCAGUCCAUAAACAUUUUAAUACACACUUUUAAAAGUAAAGCCACAAGACGUAACAUUAUACAUGCUGAAAUGAUUUUAGUGUGAUAAAAUCGCGUACUAACCUUAUCAGUUUAAAGUUAUAGCAGUAUUACAACUUGGUUGCCAGGACGACACAACAGCGUAAACUCUAUAAGUGAAUUUAUCACACUAGAUUCACAUUAAGAUGCAUAUUGUUUACGACUUGUGGCUAUACUGUUAAUACUGUGUGUAUUUUCAUGUUUAUGGACCGGCCCCAUUCACUUCCAUUGUAAGUGUCUCACUGUAACCACUAUUUUUAAAUAAGUAAGAGUUGGAAAUAUUUUCUGUGGUAAAAAUAUUCCAUUAUGCUACAAAUUAUGUAGACUGACCUUAACUUGUAUUGAACCCAGAAUAUUCCUUUAACAGGUUUCAUGAGGUUCACACUUAGGAGGCUACAAGUUGGUGAUGAAAGCACCUCAAUGCCAUGAGGGUAAAAAAAAAUAUUACUUUUUCCAAGAGCUACUGUAGUCCCUAUUGUAUACAAUACCACCAAUAUGUAUACAUAAUCUAUCAUGCUAGUCUGUAUCCCAUCUCACCAGUCAUGAUAGCUGUUCUUAAGAUACUUUGGUGCAUUUGUGUGUGAAUCAGAUGCUGUUGGAAAGUUAACUCCUAUCAUUCCCUUAUCACAAUCCCCUAUGCCCAGGAAACACAACACUCCAAUAUCCUGCUCUUAGAAAGCUAUAUAUUUGAGCUAACAGAUCAAUCUUUUUACUUUUUUGGUAUUGACAAUUCUUUAUGUAUCAAGUGCCUUUUUUAUAGCUUUGCAACCUUAAACUAUUAUAUGUGUGUCUUUCAAAACUGCUGUAUUCUUGUGCACAUUGAGAUGUUUCUAUGUGAAAUUAUGUGAGACAUUUAGUCAAUAAAUCACUUGCAGUCAUC